AUGGAUCAUACCGAUGAAGUUCCACUAUCGUUUGGCGAUUUAAAUAUUGGGCAAUUGUACCCAAUAAAGGAAGCCACCAAGGAAAACAGGAAUUUCAAUGGAAAAUUGGUGGAAAGUGUGAAGCUUGAUAUAUCUGACUCACCCUUAUUAAAAACUGUUACUUAUGUUCCAUCUGGCAUUUUGAAAUUUGCUCAAGAUAAUAUUGAUGCCAUUAAUCAAGCUAGUGCAUCAGGAAAAUGUUAUAAUGCAUGCUUUUAUGGUCUGAUAGAUGGGCCCAAUAGAAGCAAACGAUUUAUUGGGCGCAUUCAUAAACCUGAUGAAGUUGUGUCCCAAGAUGAAUUGUUGAAACUAGUUGAGAAGACCAAUGCAAUGGUAAAUAAGAAGCGGGUAUCCAGUAAUCUGAGUGGAGAUGCAGGUUGUUCAUCUUCACCCACGAAAAUUAUUAAAUUGGAACCAUCGGCUGCAGCUUCAAGUGUUUCUCCUGAGAAAGAAGUACCUGCGUCUCCAGCUGUUUCUAUUGUCAACGAAUCGAAUGUUGUUUCUUCUGGGUCUUUAAAUUCCAAGUCAGAUUAAUUACUGAGUUGUAUAUGGGUGUUUACAUCGUGUUGCAUUAUCAUAUUGUGCUUUAUUAUUUAUGUGUAAAGUGUUAAUGUUAUAAAUGCAAUAAUGAUAUGUGUAUGAUAUGGUUAUAGGUGUCUGUUAUAUAUAUGUUGAAUAUUCAUACAUCAUAUUUGGAUAAUAUGUUGUAUUGUCAAUUGUUCACAUCUGGAAAUAAAUAUUAUUAUGAGCUGUAAGAUGUUUCUGUUUCUUAAUUCAAAUAAUUUAAUUGACCUGAAUAAAUCCACCAUUUGUGGUGUCUUGAAUUUUAUCAUUUUAAAGGGAAUUCAGAUAAAGUGAAGUUUGAGGUAAUGAGGAAAAUAAGAAUGAGAAGUACGAAUAAAGUUUAAUGUUCAACGUCACUAAGGAAUUACAUAC